CUAAAACCGAGAGACGAAGAAUACAAGAAGAGAGGCAAAGAGAGAAAGAGGAAAGAAAAAAGAGAAGAAAGACAGAGACCAAACGAAAAAGAAAAGAACGAAAAACUACCAAGUUUCUCUAUUGAAUUUCUCUCUAAAGCAAACAUGGCGUUCGAAAAAGUCCGCUCAGAGUCGUUACUGAGUAGUGGACAACAACUCACGAAUACCUCGGUGGUCAUCGUCGGAGCCGGCAUUGGGGGCAUGUGUGUUGCCAUUGAUCUGAUCAAACGCAAUAACUGUCGGGACUUCGUCAUUCUGGAGCAGUCUUCCGGGGUUGGUGGGACAUGGCACGCCAACACGUAUCCCGGCUGCGCUGUCGACUUGCAGGCCAUUGUCUACAGUUACAGCUUUGCCCCCAACAGCCAUUGGACCCGAGACUUCCCAGGCCAGCGAGAGAUUCUGUCUUACCUGACCCGUGUGGCACAGGAAUACGGGCUGUACGGGCACAUCCGGUUCUGCUCCACUGCCGAAUCCGCGACCUGGGACGACGAGCUGAAGAAAUGGAACACCCACGUAAGGGUUGCCAAAGGAUCCAAAGACGCCGAGGCCAUCUCCGAAUACACGAUAUCUAGUGAUUUCUUUGUCAGCGCUGUGGGCCAGCUAAGUCAACCAAAAUGGCCAAAAAUCAAAGGUUUGAAUACCUUCACCGGCAAGACUAUGCACAGUGCUACAUGGGACUGGACAUACGAUUUGAAAGACAAGAGAAUCGCCGUUGUAGGAAGUGGUUGCAGUGCAGUCCAGAUCGUACCUGAGCUCGCAAAGGUAGCGAGCAAGGUAACGGUUUUCCAAAGAACGCCUCACUGGAUCCUACCUCGCGGGGACUACGAGAUCUCCAACUUGAGGAAAACAAUUUACCGUUAUUUUCCUUUUUGGCAGCGGUACUGGCGUAGACGUUAUGUGGACCAGAACGAAACAGAAUACAUCUCCAACAACUUUGCUGGGCACGAGGAAAACUUGAAGCUGAGACAGGCAGCUUUGGACAUGAUGCACGAACAGCUGCCUAAUCAGCCCGAGUUAUGGGAAAAGUUGACGCCCAAGUAUCCGGUGGGCUGCAAGCGGGUAGUCGUCUCGGAUUAUUUCUUCCCGGCCUUAAAUCUUCCCAAUGUUGAGCUUGAGGCAAGGCCUAUCCACAGCAUCAACGACCAUACUGUGCGUGUUGUCGGCACCGAUGGGCAGGCGGAGGACGCGGACGAUCGAUACGAUCUCAUCGUCUUUGCGACCGGUUUUCGAGCCAGCGACUUCCUGCAUCCCAUGAAGAUAUACGGCCGGAACGGCCGGGCCUUGCACGAUAUGUGGAAGGAUGGUGCCCGGGCCUACCUGGGCACCUGCGCCGAUGACAUGCCGAAUCUUGGAAUCGUACUUGGACCUAACACCGGCUUGCUUCAUAACAGCUUCAUUCUGAUGAUUGAGGCCCAGAGCAGGUACAUCAACGGCUUGAUCAAGCCGGUGCUGGAGGCCCGGAAACAGGGAGGCUCGCUUAGCCUGACACCGCGCCCGGAAAAGACCGAAGCCUACAAUGCGAAGCUGCAAACCCUGCUCAAAGACUUCGCCGUGAGCGAUCCCCGAUGCGACAAUUGGUACAAGAACGAGACGGGGCUAGUAACCAACCUUUGGCCGGGCACGGUAUUGGAGUUCCAAAAGCUGAUGGAGCAAGUAAAUUACGGCGACUACGAAGUCGAGGGAUUCUCAAGAAGUAUUGUACAAAAGCGACCUUUGUACAAGGUGGGCCGCGUGGUAGAAGAGAGAGGUUUCUUAGAGAAGUUUUCCUUAGUGAAUGCUGUGGUUGUUGGUGUAGGUGCGAUUGUUGGGGCAGUUUUCAUACCGAAAUUAAUUACAUUUGUAUAAAGUUGUUAAAUAUUGUCAAGG